AUGGCUCAGUCCAGACCUCUGAGCAGCCAGGUUUUCCUUCCACCCCUUGUAUGUGCUGGAAAGGUUCUUCACCCAUGGUCUGGAUCAGGGAGAAAUCCAGUGGGUACCAGUGCUGAGACUAAGAUAUCUAGUCUACCUUCUUGGCCAGCCAUCCUGGAAGCCUAUCGGCAGAGAUUCCGCUGCAGUGCCGUCCCACCAGGAGAAACUCCCCAGGAGACUCUGUCCCGCUUGAGUGAUGCUGCUCAUCGAUGGUUGCGCUCUCAAGAGUGCACCAAGGAGCAAAUUGUGGACACCAUCAUCCUGGAACAAUUCUUGGCUUUACUUCCAGUAGACAUGCAGUCUGAGUUGAGAGCUAAAGGGCCAAGAAGCAGCAAAGAGGUAGCUCAACUAGUGGAGACUUUCCUAGGACAGCAAGGACUAACGGAUGUUGCCAAGCCUGGAUCCAUACAUACAUCCUCGACUUCCACCUUUAGCAAUCCAGACAUUCUGGAUAUCAUUGUUGUGGACACAGAGGCAGAAAGGGAUUUAUGGCAGGAAGAUACUGAAAAAGAAGGGAAUGAGAUUGUUUCUCAGCAUAUGAAGCAAACAGAAGAAAAAGAAGAAGACAAUGAGAACUGGGACCUGUCACAGGGAAGGACGUGGCAAGGGAGCCAUCCAUGGAAGGGGGAAGACAAGUCCGUUUAUUUUGGAAGCAGCCUUGAAGGAAACCACCAUCCCCAAAUCUAUUCAAAAAGUGAGCAAGAGGUUGAUCACACUUCCACUUCACCCGGGAAACCCGGCAAAAGUAUAUCAAGAUUUGUCACAUGUCCGAUAUGGGGAAACGGGGGGAAAUUAUCCUGUCAGAGGCCUGAAAGUGAAACCCAGGUCCACUUUGGUUCAGACGUCUUCAGCUACUCAGAGUUCUUCACUAAAUGGAAAUCCUACUCCUGCACCACCAACUCUGAGAACAUCUUAAACAACAGCUCUGCCUUCCUUCAACAUGUUGCCUCUGCCAGAAGAGGGGCACGUUAUGCAUGCAGGGACUGUGGGAAAAGCUUCACUUGCAAAUCGGCCCUGGUUAAGCACCAGAAGAUUCACACAGACGACAGGCCCCAUCCAUGCUAUGAGUGCGGCAAAAGCUUCCGUGAACGAUCAACUCUAGUUUAUCACCAGAGAAUCCACACUGGAGAGAAACCCCACCAAUGUCAGUACUGCGACAAGAGCUUCAGAGUGAAAUCGACCCUUACUACCCACCAGAGAAUUCAUACCGGAGAGAAGCCCUUUUUCUGUCCUGAUUGUGGGAGGAGAUUUAAUCAGCGAGCGAAGCUCAACUCCCAUUCCAGAACCCACACAGGCGAGCACCCCUAUCGGUGCUUCCACUGUGGCAAAGGGUUCACUGGGCGCUCAGGUCUGGUGAAACAUCAGACGGCCUACUCUGGGGGCAAGUGCAGAGAUGGCCCACAUGGUGAGCUGUCGUCAAUCUAG